UACUUUGAAAACAAAACGCUUGCUCGCUACCACCUCAUCUCCCUCUAAAAGCACAGUAUUUUCCCUCGAUGAAGAACUUUUUCCCUCGCACAAUUUGAACCCUAGUAGUAUUACACUCCCUACCCCCGCGUUCCAUUCCACUCAUACAAACAACAAAGCAAUUCUUGCUCCCAUGUUUAUAUCAUCACUGAUAUCAACUCACUCACCAGGUGUUUAUCUGAACAAUAUCUAAUUCAGUUGAUGAGAUGAUGAUUCCACCUAUGACAAAGAGAACAAGGCAUUGUAAUGAAGAGAAUGAAGAUAAAUUUAGUGAUUUACCUGAUUGUGUUCUGAUUCAUAUUUUAUCAUUUUUGAACACCAAAAACGCCGUUGGAACUUGCAUUUUGUCCACAAGAUGGAAACAUCUCUGGAAACGUAUUCCGACCCUUACAUUGCAUUGUUCAGACUUUUCAACUUUGAGGAGUUUUGACAAAUUUGUGUCUAGUAUUUUGUCUCUUCGCGAUGACUCGAUUGUGCUGCACAGUCUUGAUUUUGAUCGUAAUGGUAGUGUCGAGUCUCGCUUACUUAAAAAGGUUGCAAAUUAUGUAUUUUCCCAUAAUGUCAAGCUCCGUCGUUUAGGGAUUGAUGUCAAAGGUGAUAUUUGUCACAUCCUGCCUUGCAUUUCUUCAUGUCAGACUUUAACAUCACUUAAGCUAUCAGUUUCACCUAAGGGUCGUUAUAAUUAUGAGAAAACGUUAUUUCCUAAAUCUCUGAAUUUACCAAUGUUAACAUAUUUGCAUCUAGGAAAUUUUGCCUUUUGUGCUGGUGGGGAUGGCCCAAUUGAGCCAUUUUCAGCCUUUAACCGGUUGAAUGGUUUGGUUAUUGAUAAUUGUACUGUGAAGGACACUCAAAUUCUAUGCAUAUCAAGUGAGACGCUAGUCAGUUUAACUAUGCGCAAUCAUUCUUUCGACUUUUACAGAAUCGAACUAUCUGCUCCAAGUCUUUGUACAUUUGCUUUUAUCGGUACUCCUUAUCAGAUGCUCUGUGGAAGACAUCUUAACGCCAUUAAACAAGUCAACAUUGAUGCAGAAAUGUUGGCAAAUUACACAGAGCCUCCUAUGAUUCUACUCAGCUGGUUGAUUGAUCUUGCUAAUAUAAAAUCAUUGACAGUCUCUGCAAGUACUCUUCAGGUUCUCUCCUUAAUUCCUGAUUUUUUGAAGGAUAAGCUUUCUUUCUUGCGUAGCUUGAAGUCACUGAAAGUAAAGCUGAAACCACUUGCAUAUGGAUUAUCCAUGACACUGAAAACUGACAAGUUAGAAAAAGCAUUAAAAGCAGGAUCGGAACUGUCGUCACCCAUACCUGAUGGAAUAGUGGACUUUUUGCUUCAGAACUCGCCAUCGACAGAUGUUGACAUCGCAGAUUGCUCAAGGUUUGACGAUUCAUUCGACCAACUACCUCCGAUCUCAUCAUCCCUUUUUCCUCAAUUCCUUCAGCCUUCUUCUCAAGAGCAUGUUAUGGAUGACCUGCACCAACGGAUACAACAACUAAAGAAAGUGGUGCUGCUGACAAAACAGUAUCUUCAUCUAGCAAAGGAGGAGAUAACUCGGGAGAGGGAUGAGUUGUUGGCUCUCAAAGGGCAUAUGAUGAGGUUGUCAAAGACCCUUGAUGCCCUAGAGCAACAGAUGCACAUGGCCAUGAAUUUGUGGCAGUAGCGUCAAGAGAGUUAGUGAUAUUAUUAUGACAAUGGCUUGAUCCCUCCUCUCGACGUUUACACACAAUUUGAGAUGUAUACUUUAUUUGUUUUGAUCAUAUUAUAUUCGUCAGUGUUCAAAAAUUGGCUCGUACCAGUCAGUCCAACUGGGAACUGCUACACAAGCAAGCUGGUCUGGUUGAGGCAUUGCAACGGAUGUGCCACUGAUUUUGUAAUUACAUAAUCAAAAUUGAUUUUUUGUUUUAAUCAAA